AUGGAUAGGAAUUCAGAAGAAUUUGAAUCCAUGGGGAUCUGCGCCAUCUAUAGAGAAGCUUACAAGGUCACAGUGUCAUGGAAAAAGAUCUUUUCACACAUUGCCUUCACUCUAAUCCUUCCUUUAGCUAUCAUUUUCCUAGUUCAAAUAGAAAUAUCUGCACUGCUUGCCAACAAGAUUAAAUUCAACCAGAUAAUAGAUGAAUACCAAACUGGAAAUUCCAGUUAUGCAAACAUCCUCCAAGCUCAUAUUUCUUCGGAAAUUAUAAUUCUCUAUGCAUCAAAAGUCAUCUGCUGGAUCUUUAUCUGUGUUCUCUCCCUGCUCUCAACAUCCGCUGUUGUUUACACGAUAGCUUGUAUAUAUUCUACCAAAGAUAUCACUUUCAAAAAAGUCAGGGGUGCAGUUCCUAAAGUUUGGAAAAGACUUAUGGUCACUUUCUUGUGGAACUUCUUGAUCGUGAUUGUGUACAACUUUAUCAUGGCUCUUGUGAUCUUUUUGUUGGCACUUUUAUUUUUAGUCUUGUCUCAAGUAUUUUCUUUCAAAUUCGAUGUGAAAUCAACCGCCGGCAUCAUUCUUUCGGUGAUACUCAUGGUAUUUAUCUUUAUCCCUUACCUGAUUGGUGCCAUGUACAUCAGCCUUGUUUGGUACUUGGCCAGCGUAACAGCGAUUUUGGAAAACAUUAGUGGGAUUGAAGCUAUGAAGAAGGGGAAGGACUUACUUAAGGGUAAGCUUUGGAUUUCUUUCUUCACCUAUGUUACGUUACAAAUCUGUUAUUCUGGUACACUAUCUGUCUUUAGCUCGUUGGUGGUACAUGGCCAUGGGGGAUGUUUGGCUGUGGUUGGUCGAGUCAUUUUGGGUAUUUUUUGCCUGGUAUUGCUGGUAAUGUUCCUUCACUUUGGUCUGGUAAUCCAAACUAUCAUUUACUUCGUCUGCAAAUCCCAUCACAAAGAAAACAUCGACAAGUCUAGCCUUGCGGAUCACUUGGAUGGGUAUCACCAUGGUGACUAUGUACCUCUUAGUAGCAACGAAAACGUUCAGCCCGCAGGAGCUUUUGUUUGA